GUGUAAAUAAUGUGGUAAUAAACAGCUGUUUUAAAGAAUGUUGCAACUAUUUGCAACUUGCAGGCGACCUCAGUUGGUUGCAGCCUGUAAAUAUGGCUAUUUACGGGCGAGUACAACAAAUGUCAACUGGCAGGAACGCCGCCAGGCCUCAACAGAAGUUGCAGCAGCAGCAACAACGACGGCAACAACCCAACUGUCCAAUGCCGGCGGCCUUGUGGGUUUCUGGCAAACACUUUCAAACAGCACACCUGUGGCGUACAUGCAGGAUGCACUGACCCAAAUCCAUGACUACAGCGGAUUGCCCUGGUGUGCAUCUAUAGUGCUGUCCACGUUUCUGUUCCGCAGCGUUGUUACGCUGCCAUUGACAAUUUACCAGCACAAGAUAACGGCGCGCAUUGAGAUGAUAGCGCUGGAAAUGCCGGCUUUAGUCGAGGAGCUGAAACGUGAGGCGGCAAUGGCCAAGCAAAAGUUCAAGUGGAGCGACAAACAAACGACAAUCGUCUACAGGCGCUCGAUCAAGAAACAGUGGCAAAAUCUCAUAGUGCGGGACAAUUGUCAUCCCAUGAAGACUGUGAUUGUGCUGUGGGGCCAAAUACCAUUGUGGAUAUUCCAGUCGGUUGCCUUGCGCAAUUUGGUUUACUUGCUGCCAGAUCCAACAGCGCUGAAAGCACAAAUUAUUGCCACGGAAAUGACGAUUGGCGGCUUUGGCUGGAUACCAAACCUCACGGUUGUGGACAGUUCUUAUAUUCUACCUGUGACAUUGGGCCUCAUCAAUCUGGCCAUCAUUGAGGUGCAGUCCAUGACGCGUACUCGUCCAGCUACGCGUCUACAGAGCAUUGCCAACAAUGUGUUUCGUGGCCUGAGUGUUGUAAUGGUGCCUGUGGCAUGUACUGUGCCCUCGGCAUUGUGCGUCUACUGGGUGGCAUCCAGCAGCUUUGGCCUGGCACAGAAUCUACUGCUACUCGCACCGGAAGUACGACGUGCGGUGGGCAUACCUAAAACUCCAACAGAGCUGGAACAGCCCUACGAUCAGCUCUGGUUAAAGAUACAAAAGCGCGCUAGACUUUUGGAUGAGACGCCGGCUGAUAAGACAGCUACCAAAUGAAAUCUAUUUAGAAGUCUAGUCUAGUCUAAGUUUGAAGAGAGUCCACUGACUGUCCCAUUGUAAAUUAAUGUCAAGUCGACUCAUCGUUCUUAGUAAUAAAUUUUUGUGAGAAAACCCCCACAAACACA